CGAUACAGCGCCUUCAUGACCCUUUUGUUUUUUGUUUCAGGAAAGCCAGAUGUUAUUGGAUUAAGUCAGAAAUUAAUAGCUGGAGAAGAAUUUGCUAAAAGUCGAAAUGAACUGCUUUCACAGGUUACAGUUGAUGGCUUUUCAGAGCUUAUGAAAUCAGUUGGUGCAUUGAUUUAUAAAGAUGAUGUUAUUGGAACAGUCUUCAGAGCAGGAGAUUGCUACGUUUUCACAGCAAGACAUGUGGUUCGAAAAAUAAUUGAUGUAAAUCUCAAUGGUCAGUAUGAUUUCUCACGUCUGGAGACUGAAGAUGUCUCGGUAAACUUCAAUGCAUCAGUUGCAAAACCAGCUUGCUUUGCUUACAGAGUAUGUCUUGAAUUUUAUAGUAAUGAUCCUUAUUUGGACUUUGCUGUUCUCAGAAUAACAAACCCAGUGCAGCUACCUAAGAAGAUGUUCCUAGAUAAGUACAAUUUUGAAAGAUUACAGGCAAUAAUGCUGUCAGGCAUUGGAUAUGGACACCCUGAACAAGACAGUAAAUGCAAAAAACAUUUAGAUCCUAAUUGUCAAAUAAUUUUUGCAAUAGAUGAUAGAAUCACAGAGUGUAGAGCAUGGCUUGAGCAGAAUAUCAUUUAUUACCAAAAUCAUGUUCGUCAAAAUGGUGCAAAUCCUGCACUUGUUGAUAACAGCUACAUAGAUAUUGAUACCCUACACAACAUUUUCUUGGAUAUUACCAUGGAGCAUGGGGGCUCUGGGUCUCCGUUUCUUGAUAACAAUGGAAGGGUUGUAGGCAUCCUAACUCACGGCCAUCCUGAAUUUUGUUUCAAAUUGCCAAAGUUGAUUCAACUUAAUUUCCCAAAAGGAAAAAGAUUUGAAUCAGUGUUAAGACUAGAUUAUAUCUAUAAUCACAUUUUUGAAAGAGAUCCAGAGCUUGCAGGUAAACUUUUUGGAUAGAUUAUUGCCCAGAUUUGUUGCAGUCCUAGGACUUAAAUAAAAGGUGACAUAAUGCUCUGACUUUGCAUCUAGAAUUGUAUAUUUUUAUGCCCCCCUUCAAAGAAGGAAGGGUAUAUUGUUUUGCAGAUGUCAGUCGGUCUGUAUGUAGACCAAUCCGUUUCAGGAUGAUCACUCAAGAAUGCUUGGGCCUAGGAUCAUGAAAGUUGGUAGGGAGGUUGGUCAUAACCAGCAGAUGACCCGUAUUGAUUUUGAGAUCAGUAGGUCAAAGGUCAUGGUCACAGUGACCCAGAACAGUAAAACGGUUUCCGGAUGGUAACUCAAGAACGCUUGGGCCUAGGAUCAUUAAAGUUGAUAGGGAGGUUGGUCAUGCCAGCAGAUGACCCAUAUUGAUUUUGAGGUCAGUAGGUCAAAGGUCAAGCUCACAAUGACCGGGUACAGUUAAACGGUUUCCGGAUGAUAACUGAAGAAAGCUUGGGCCUAGGAUCAUGAAAGUUGAUAGGGAGGCUGGUCAUGACCAGCAGAUGACCCCUAUUGAUUUUGAGGUCAAAGGUCAAGGUCACAGUGACCCGGAAUAAUUAUACGGUUUCCGGACGAUAACUUGAGAACGCUUGGGCCUAGAAUCACGAAUCUAGAUAGGUCGGUUGAUCAUGAUCAGCAGAUGACCCCUAUUGAUUUUGAGAUCAGUAGUCCAAAGGUCAAAGUCAAAGUGACCCGGAACAGUUAAACGGUUUCAGAAUGAUAACUCUAGGAUCAUGAAAGUUGAUAGGGUGGUUGGACAUGAACAGCAGAUGACCACUACUGAUUUUGAGGUCAGUGGGCCAAAAGUCAAGAUCACAUUGACUCGGAACAGUUAAACCAUUUCCGGAUGAUAACAGAACGCUUGGGCCUAGGAUCACGAAACUUAUUAGGGAGGUUGAUCAUGACCAGCAGAUGACCCUAUUGAUUUUGAGGUCAAUAGGUCAAAGGUCAAGGUCACAUUAACCAAGAACAGUAGAACUUUGAAUAAAUAAUUUCUGUUCCUUGUGCUAUUACUGAAUGCAUCAAGGGGCAUUUCGUGUUCUAUGAGCUCUUGUUAGCAUGAAAUUUCUGAUCUGUACUUCUGAUUGGUAUAGGCAGAUGAUCUGGCAUCCACAGUUGGUGUCUUUUACACCCUGGAUGUCACAAUUUUAGCCUAGUUUUAAAAAUGAAACUUGGUCAGAAUGUUUUUCGACCAGUUCAAAACUUGGUCAUCUGAAGUAAAAAACUAGAUAACUAUGUUAAGUCGUAGAAAAUCUUUUAGACAUUCUAGAGGCCAUAUUUUCUAUCUGGUCUGUAUGAAACUCGGAACGUUUGUCAUGAUGAAAUCUGGGCAAGUUUCAUUAUGGGUUAUCUAGAGUCAAAACCUAGGUCACUACAGAAAAACUCUAGAGAACAACAUUGCUAACCCUGCAGAGACCUAACUUUCCACAUGAACACUAUAUGAAACAUGUUCAGAAUGUGUCUUUUUGAACUCUAGGCUAUUUUGAUAAGCAGGUCAUCUGGAUUUGCAAACUAGGUAAAAGGUAUGUCACUAGGUCCAGUCUUAGAAAAAUCUUUUUCACUCUAGUGGCCAUACAUUCUACCAGAUCUGUAUGAAACCUGCGUUAUUAAAUCAAAGACAUUGUCUUAAAUGGGUUGUCUGGGAUAAAAACAGUAGGUCAUUAGAUCAGAUCAUAAAAAAACUUUGUUAACAGUCUCAGUCAUAUUUUCUGCUUGAUCUAAAUGAAACAUGGACAAAAUAUUUGUCUUUCUGAAUAUAGGGCAAGUUAUCUGGCAAUCUUCAUGGAACUUUUCUUUUCCAUGUAGUUACCGGUAGGUACUAAACACAGUCGAGGCCUCCGUGGCUGAGUGGUUACGGUCGUUGACUGAAUCACUUGCCCCCCAUGAUGUAGGUUCAAGCCUCACUCUGGGCAUUGAGUUCUUCAUGUGAGGAAGCCAUCCAGCUGGCUUACAGAAGAUCGGUGCCCGCUCAUGAUGAAAUAAUGCAUGGAGGGGCACCUGGGGGUCUUCCUCCACCAUCAAAGCUGGAAAAUCGCCAUAUGACCUAUAAUUUUGUUGAUGCAAUGUUAACCCAACAAAAACAAACUAAACACAAUUGUUACCUUCUGUGAUACAAUUUGUCACGACAUAUAUUCAAGGUCAAACAGUCUAAGGUUAGGUAAGCGAUUGAGCCAUCUUCUGGAGCUUCACAUACAUAUACUUGGUUAAAACUUAUUUCAUUCAUUUUCUUAUGGUAGCAUGAAUACAGUAUACCAUAAGUAAGAAUUGGACAGGAAGCUUUAUUGCCCUCUCCAUGUAAUGUAUACUUGUCAAUGAGAAUCAUUUAUAAGAGAUAAAUGUUUGGACCUGCACAGACUUCUUUGCUAAGUAAAUGGCCUAGGGACCUUGGUUUUAAUGAUUUGAAAAUUUUGACAAGUUGCUUUAUGUGUUAUAAAUUGUAAGCUAUGUAGCUGAAGUGUCUUAAAUAAGAUGUUUGGCAGAAUAAAUUGUUGUACAUUAAAAUGUGAUUGAAGCUGGGUCUGACCCACUACCUCUGAUCGUUUAAUAGAUCAGUAAAUUUUGACAUUAAAUUCAUUAAAUUUUCUUCACCAAUUCAUUUUCAUGCCAUUUGUCAGAACCUAUAUAAAAAGGUAUACAUAUUCUGGAUUGGCUGUUUUAGGUUUUAGCUAUUCUGUUAUUAAUAAUUUACUAGUUUUAUCAAAUUUAAUUUCAAACAAGUUUUAAAUAAGUUUUAAAUAUUGAUUUAAAUGAAAAAUAGACCACAAAAAUUGUUAAACAUUAUGUCAUUCACAAACUUUAAAUAUAGUAUGAUGGCAAAGAAAUCAGUAAUUUUUAUGUGAAGAUAAUUUGCUGAUCUCUAGUGUUUUAAAAAUCUUUAAUAGUAGAGUAAGGAUUAAAAAAAUCUUAUGUAUUAGUUGUUGCUGAUAUAAUUUGUUAUUGAUUUAUGGUUCAUGAAUGAUUACGAAAUAAUGAUGGUGCAUGUACAUAUGUAUAUAAUCAGAGGGACAUGUAAUAUAAUCAAUCGAAGGGGCAUGACUGUAUAUAAUCAUCUCAAGGGACAUGUAUAUAAUCAAUUAAACAGGUAUGCCUCAAGAUAUAUGUCACAAUAUCAAAUUUGUUUUUAAAGCUGGUAUAUAUAUAAAUUUAAAAAAAAACCAUAAAUUAAUGUAAUUUAAGUUCAUUCAGUCAAACUUUGUUUGCAUGAACUCUAACUAAUGAUAAUUCUGACAACACUCUUGAUUCCAUCUCAUCUGGUUCCUGCAAAAUCCCUAUAAAGUGUAUAUUGUUUGACCCCAGAAAAUUCGAACACCGAUAAUUCAAACUCUUGAACUAGAUCAGUAUAGUGUAUUUCACACAUUUUCCCUCAAACAGACAAGAACUGUUUGCAUCAGUUGACUUGUGUCAUAAAAAUAACUUUUAUUAAUUACAUUAAUUGACAGGCGUUUAUAGGUGCAUAUUUUAUUGCAAACAUAUUGCACACAAAUAUACUUCGUAAAAAAUAAAUAAGUUGUUAUUUUUAGCUCACCUGUCACAUAGUGACAAGGUGAGCUUUUGUGAUCACCCUUCGUCCGUCGUGUGUCCGUGCGUGCGUGCGUCCGUCAACAAUUUCUUGUCUGCACAAUAGUGGUUUCAUUUAUGAUUUUAUUUUAACCAAAGUUGCACACAACUUGUAUCACCAUAAGAUCACGGUUCCUUUCUUGAACUGGCCAGAUCCCAUUAUGGGUUCCAGAGUUAUGGCCCCUGAAAGGGCCAAAAUUAGCUAUUUUGACCUUGUCUGCACAAUAGCAGCUUUAUUUAUGAUUUGAUUUUUACCAAACUGGCACACAACUUGUAUCACCAUAAGAUCUUAGUUCCUUUCUUGAACUGGCCAGAUUCCAUUAUGGGUUCCAGAGUUAUGGCCCCUGAAAGGGCCAAAAUUAGCUAUUUUGACCUUGUCUGCACAAUAGCAGCUUCAUUUAUGAUUUUAUUUUAACCAAACUGGCACACAACUUGUAUCACCAUAAGAUCUCGAUUCCUUUCUUGAACUGGCGAGAUUCCAUUAUGGGUUGCAGAGUGAUGGCCCCUGAAAGGGCCAGAAUUAGCUAUUUUGACCUUGUCUGCACAAUAGCAGCUUCAUUUAUGAUUUGAAUUUAAUCAAACUUGCACAAAACUUGUGUCACCAUAAGAUCUCGAUUCCUUUCUUGAACCGGCCAGAUCCCAUAAUGGGUUCCAGAGUUAUGGCCCCUAAAAGGGCCGAAAUUAGCUAUUAUGACCUUGUCUGCACAAUAGCAGCUUCAUUUAUGAUUUGAUUUUAACCAAACUAUCACACAACUUGUAUCACCACAAGAUCUUGGUUCCUUUCUUCAACUGGCCAGAUUCCAUCAUGGAUUCCAGAGUUAUGGCCCCUUGAAGGUCCAAAAUUGGCUAUUUUGGCUUUUGCAGCCAUAUAGAGACUUCAUUUAUGGUUUUAUUUGAUACAAACUUCAUACCUUCAACAACAAGAAAUCUUGGAUUCCAUGACAAAUCAGAUCCAAUCAUAGGUUCCAAAGUUAUUUUAUAUCUGAUUACCUCCCCUGAUUGUAAUCAAAAUGGAUUUAUGAAAUUUCAAAUAAGUCCUGUAAGUACUUACUGAUAUAAUUUAUAUCAGUAAAUACUUACAGGACUUAUUUGAAAUUUCAUUAUUGUUAUUAGUUGGACUGAGACAAUCAGGGUAGAUAACUAUGGACUGAUUUUAUGUCAAAUUACCUCCCUUUAUUUCAAAUUAAAAUUGUUAUAUCUCCAUAACUAAUGAAGAUACUGAUCUGAAAUUUCAUUUAUGUCAACAGAUUUAUUUGGCAGAUCCUUCUUUUGUCCACUUACAGUAUUUAUUUUUUUUUAAUUACUUCCCUUUUACGUUACUAUAAAAAGCUUAUUUUUAGUAACUUUUUUUAUUAUUGGCCGUAGGGAAAACACGAGACCAGUUUUCUGUGGUACAACAUGGAUGGUACCUCCAAUGAUUUUUAACAUAUCUAUACCUUGUAAGAUUUUUUUUUCUUUUUGGUUAAAUUUCUUCCCUUUGUUGUUCCUGUCCUUUGGAUUUUUUCUGAGGACCUUCUUGUCCUCAAGUGCAAUGAUAACAGGUGAGCGAUAUAGGGCCAUCAUGGCCCUCUUGUUUUAAUAAACACAUGUACCACUAUGGUUGCCAGAAAGUUUUAAAGAUUGUAGGUCUCGUUACAGCAUAAUAACAUUUAGAUGUAAAGACUAGUCUGAGUAAAAUUAUGCAAAGUAUUUUGUUUGUAUUGAUCAAUGAUACAUGCUGUAUACAAAUAUUCUUUGUAAGAAAUGAAGAAGUUGUUAUCUUUAUAUAAAUAUUAUACUUGAAACACAUGUACCAUUUACAAUUUUGAUUUGAGGAACCAGGUGCACAUUUUUGUGUAAUGAGCCAAAACCUCAAUGACUCAUACUACCGAUAACUCUUCCAUACUUCAUGUUUUUAUUUCGAUGUAAAUGAGAUGUUAAACCAAAAUUUGUAGUCCUGUUUGGCGCCAUAUAACCUAUACUGUGUUGGUGCGCCGUAAAACCCAAAUAAAAAGAAAACUACCGAUAACUCGGAACAAAUUUUGUUUUUCCCCAGCGAGUAUUUGUGAAAAAAGUUUGACUGUAAUUCAUAUGUAUUUUUUUAUUGUUAUUUUUUACAGAUAAAUUUCUCAUAUUUUUUAUCAAGUCGUAUUGUACACAGUGGGACUGUCACAAUAGAUAGCUUCCCUACCUAUUUUACAGACUUCGGGAGAGCAUUAUAGAUAAAAUGUGAAAAUAUCUCAAUGAAUCUUUGUGCGUUUUACUCUUUAUUUAGAUAAUCAUUUACCAUUCUUAACAAAUUUUAUUAAACUAAGAAAAGAUAGAUCUUGAGGCCUGUCCCUUUAAUGUAGUGUAGAUCUGCUGAAGACUGUUAUUGCUGUGUUUUUGUGUAUUGUUUUUAUAUUGACUUUAAAUUUUUACUGUGUUUUAAUUUGUAUGUUUUAUAUAGACUUUUGAUUAUUUAAACAUGUUUCUACUAAAAAUAGUUUUUGAGGAAUUCUGUUAUAACAUUCUCAUUUCUUUAAUGCAUUUUGAAAAGUGGAUUUUGGUUAAAAUCAAAAUUAACUAGUUACAUGCAUAAAUAUGGAAAAAUCGAAUAAAAUUGGGUUUGAGAAAAUAUUUAAAUUCAGUUGAUAUUUUAUAUAGAACAAGAUUAGCAGAAUGUUCAAGAUUCAUUUAAUAUACUGGGCAGUGUAAAUAAGGGGAAAGUAGGAAUAGAACAACUUCUAGUAUAUGUGAACAAAACUCAUUUUGAAGCAGUAUUUCAAAUAAGUUGAAAAGUUACUAUGUUUCAUUAUCCUCAUACAUUGACGCUUUAGUCGAGAUAUUGAACAAAGCGAAGGCUUCACGUUCAAAUCACAGGCUUCUCCAUUGGUCUUUAUCCCAAAGCAAGACCCUUCUCUCUUUUUGAAGCAGUUGUUGUAGCUGUAAAUCAGAACCAGCAGAUUGCUGGAUAGUUGGGGUAAACAUACUGGUAAUUGGUUUUAUUAAAUCUUAUAGUAUUGCACAAAAUCUCCACAAAGCUUUCAUUAGUUGUUUCAUAUUGUGUUUGUAAAUAAAGUUUACCUUUAUCUCUUCCAUGAAGAUGACAGAGAUUAUUGUACCUCCCGACAACAAAGUUGUAAGAGGGGAGGGUAUACUGGUUUCAGGUUGUCUGUCUGUCUGUCCGUCUGGCCGUCUGUCCGUAGACGCAAUCUUGUGCGCACCAUCUCUCAUUAUCCCCUUGACAGAAUUUAAUGAAACUUCACACAAGUGAUCAGUACCAACAGUAGUUGUGCAUGGGGCAUGUUAGGUUCUUUCAGAAAAAAAAUUUGCAGAGUUAUGGGACUUUGUUUUUUUGUUACUAUACUAUAUACAUAGACACAAUCUUGUGCGCACCAUCUCUCCUCAUCCCCUUGACACAAUUUAAUGAAACUUCACACAAGUGAUCAGUAACAACAGUAGUUGUGCAUGGGGCAUGUUAGGUUCUUUCAGAAAAAAAAUUUGCAGAGUUAUGGGACUUUGUUUUUUUGUUACUUUACUAUAUACAUAGACACAAUCUUGUGCGCACCAUCUCUCCUCAUCUCCUUGACAUAAUUUAAUGAAACUUCACACAAGUGAUCAGUAACAACAGUAGUUGUGCAUGGGGCAUGUUAGGUUCUUUCAGAAAAAAAAUUUGCAGAGUUAUGGGACUUUGUUUUUUUGUUACUAUACUAUAUACAUAGACACAAUCUUGUGCGCACCAUCUCUCCUCAUCCCCUUGACACAAUUUAAUGAAACUUCACACAAGUGAUCAGUACCAGCCCCAGUUGUGCAUGGGGCAUGUUAGGUUCUUUCAGCGACAAAAUUUGCAGAGUUAUGGGACUUUGUUUCUUGUUAACAUACUAUGUACAUACAGUCUGCGUAUGCAAUCUUGUGCGUGACUAAUCUACCAAACCCUUACACACAAUUUAAUGAAACUUCACACAAGUGAUCAGUACCAACCCUAGUUGUGCAUGGUGCAUGUUACAUUCUUUUAGAUAAAUAUUCUGCAUAGUUAUGAGACUUUGUUUUUUGUUACUAUACUGUAUACAUACAGUCCAUAUACAUACAGUCCACAUAAUUAUGUAAUCUUGUGUGCAUCAAAUUGCAAUGUACUGUGUCAGUGCAUGCGGGGGGGUACAUUCAUCACCUUUAGUGAUAGCUCUAGUUGGUUUUGUCACCAGACACUUCUGAAUGGUGUAAGGACUGUCAUAUCCAUCCUGUAUAUGCAUUUUUAGUUUUGUUUAUACAGUUUACAGCUACAGAAGAAAUGACAUAAUAUAUACACAGGUGCAUAUAAUGAAUGAUCUCAAUACAUCCAAAGAAUGCAUUGAAUGUGUGUAAAAAUAAUGUCAUAUGGGAAGGUGUAAUUUAUUUUUACAAGAGUUUAGUUAGUUAGUGCCAUGAAUGCAACAAAAUGUGAGAAGUUGAGAUUUCAGAAAUGAAUAAUAAGAAUUAUGUUUACUCAUGCAUUUAGAAAAGUAUUGUUACGUAAAUGAAUAUUGUUGCUGAAUGUUAUAUUAGAUUUGUUUGCUUUACAUAAACUUACAUGCUUUUAACUUGAGAAGAAGUUCUUACAAAUAUAUUUUGAAUGUAUGUAGUUAAAUUGUGUUGAAAUUUCUUUGCUUGGACCUGAGACACUUCAUAUGCUCAUUGAUCAUGUUUGUGCCCAUACAUGUAUGGAAUGUCAGCAUCACUAGUAUCUGUUUCUUGCAUGAUUUUUACAUGGUGAUAUAUUAAAGCUGUAUUGUUCUUUAUUUUGUUUUUAUACACAGUAUUUAUCUUAAAUGUGAAACAAAAUGGAUUCCCAUAACUUGAAUAUUUGAUACAAUUAUUCCUUAACAGAGCUUUUUCAUUAAUUUCCUGUGUGAUUGUUAAGGAACUGGAUGGGUUGUUAUAGGAAUUUCUUGAAUUAUAAAAUUAUUUUACAUAGUAGUUUUGAAUUAAUCACCAAAAUUGACAUUUACUGGAUAUUACCAUUAUUGACUGCCCCAUGUGGUUCUGGAACGAUCUGUGUAUGAAAAGAAUUGGAACCACUGCCUUACCCUUGCAUGAUCGUAAGAGGCGACUAAUAGGGUCUUAACACUUGGUUUUGCUGUAACGCUGUGAUUCCAGCAGGUAUGCAAAUUUUAAUUCCAUACCUCAUGUUUUUAUUUCAAUGUAAAUGAGAUGUGAAACCAAAAUUUGUAGUCCUGUUUGGUGCCGUAUAACCUAUACUAUGUUGGUGAGCCAUAAAACCCAAAUAAAUAAAUAAACCAUUAUUGACCACAAAAGUUACGUAGAUUGAAUAUUCUUUUGCAAGCUCAGACACAUAAAAGAGGCUAGAAAUUUGCACAGGGACUCCUCCUCCCCUCCCCACAUGCACAUGCAUGGAAAAUAUAACUUUCCAUUACACAAAAAUGGCUCUAGAUAUCGUAAAGGUCCUCAUUAUAGAGAUCUUUAGAAAGAUUACCGCAUUUUUUCCACGCAGAAAUUUAUGGAAACAAUCUGUCACAUUAAUAGACUUAGUAGGCAUUAUAAAUUAUGUUUUUAUGGUAACAUAUCCUUAAAUUAACUUUAUAUUUGUGCAGAAUAAAGGUUGUUAUAUGGUUUAUAUUCUUAAUAUAAAAUUCGCGUUUUGUGAAACAAAAUUUACGAUUUCUGUUAAUAAAAUUAUAGAUUAUUGACUUUUGCUUAAGUUUUUCAUUGCUUGUAAUUUAGAGGAAAAUGUAUAUAAAAGUCUAGCUGUUGGUAGAAGUGAAUAUUUAUUCAUGCAUAUUGGAUAAUUUAUUUAUAAGUGUACUUUUUUGCUUGAUUGUUCUUUUUACCAUAGAAUGAUGUACACAGAUAUUCAGCCUAGUGGUAGAGCGUCCGCUUCGAGUGCGGGAGGUUGUGGGUUCGAUCCCCAGCCGCGUCAUAUCAGAGACGUAAAAAAUGGUACUUGUAACUAGCAGCUUCCUCGCUUGGCACUCAGCAUUAAGGGCAUAGUGCUAGGACUGGUCAUCCCGGUGUCAGUAUAAUGUGACUGGGUAGGGUAUCAUGCCAUGUGUCUACGGCGUGAUAUUCCAGUGAGGCAGCACUAUAAAGUUGGGCAUUGUGCUCACUGCUACAAGCAGACACAGUCGUUUAUAUGACUGAAAAAUUGUUGAAAAAGACGUUGAACCUGAACACACACACACACACAGAUAUUCAUGACAAAAACAGAUUAUAUCGUUUUAUUGUAAAUCCUCAGUAGAAGAAAGAUGUAAUGACUAUGGUUUUCAAGACAUUAGUUGCAGAGGAACAAGCUUUUACCAGAUAUAAUUAUGUUCUGUGAAAAAGUAUUUAAGGCUACAAAUUUUCAUCUUUUAAUGAAUAUUGAUAUUAUAAUGAAUACUACUAUUUAAUUAUUGUUAAAUAAUGAUAUGCUAUUUAUUAUCAUGAAAAUCCAUUUGAGAUGAAAACCAGUUAUAACCAGACUCAGUUGUAAAUAGUCGUUUCAUAAUUUCCUCUUGAAGCAGCACACAUCUGUAGUUAUUUCUAGCAUUUGGAAAUAUAGUGAGCUGUGGUAAAAUAAAAACUGUAUGAUUUGAUGAAUUUAAAUGAAACAUUUAGAUUUAAAGAUGAUGUACAUAUAUUAUUCUUUUAAAUUUGUUGUAAAACAUUUUACCAUGUUAGUUGAAGUGUACAAUUUAGGUGUAAAAUGAAAAGACUUUCCUAUUUCUUUAAAAGUUACAUGCAAAGUAUCACAUGCAAUAUUUGUCUAUGAUUAUAUAGAUAUUUCUGAGUUAAAUUUUUUUUAAAGACAUUUGCAUGUGAAAAGGAGCUUCAUUUAGGAAGUUCAUCCAUUAUGACAGCUGGCGAUGUAUGUUUGUAACUGAAAUGUCAAGUAUUAAUGGCUAAGAAUGCCAAAAUUGAAUACAAGAUUACAUAAUCACACUAAAAUUCCUAAUUUUCAUGAGCAUAUUUAACUUUAUGUUACCGUUAUUUGCAAUUUUGAUGACAGUUUAGUCUCGCCAAAGCAGAGUCACUGUGAUUGGUUUUUGACCAGUUUACUUAUAUGUAUAGUUUUUCUUUGUAGUCCUGUUUGGCGCCAUAUAACCUAUACUGUGUUGGUGCGCCGUAAAACCCAAAUAAAUAAAUAAAUUUGUAACAUCUGUUCAUAUUUAUGCAGGGUGGUUACGAUAAAUUAUCAGAUUUUCAUUCAUUUAGCCUUGUAACUCAAAUUUCAUGAUUUUUUUAUUGAUAUGGUUUUGUAUGUAUAUAUAAAUAUAUAUAUUAUAUAAAUUAAAGAAAAUUGUGUGAGUGUUCUACAAUUGCAACUGAGUUGGCACUAAAUAUGUUAGUUAGAAUUGUUCCAUUAAUAUUGUCUCUUGUUGGUUGGUUACAAUUUUGUUAUUAUUCAUAUAGGUCUUUCAUAUUCAUUAAGUUUUUCUUCAGUGAUAUUAAUGUGUUUUUUUAUCUAGUGCCAGUAACUCUUUUGAGAGGUAACUGGUAAGUAAGAUGCAAAUGUUCUGUUACAGUAAACAUUUGUAGCAAUAUUAGGAAACUGAACCAGCAGUUUUUCCUUACCUUGAUUUAUUCUACUUCUUACAUCUUUUUUACCCAAACGUCUGAUAAUAGUCUGCAGUUCUGAUCCAAGCUAAUUCAAAUUGCAGAUUAUAUUAUCCGCAUUUUAUCGUUAGAUUUAAUGUUAUGUAAUUGUAAUCACAUAUAAAUGAAAUGGACCAUUGUGAGUAAAAUGCUGCUUGAAUUUAAACCUCUAUUGUGGAUUAUGUGCCCAAAAUCAUUGGGAAAAAAAACAUUAAAUUAAAUGUGUUGUUGAUGGACUGAUAAAUUACAACAUACUGUAAAAUCAUUUAGUUUCGUGGGUAUGAAAUUUUGUGGUUUUGAAAAAAACGGCAAUUUCAUGGGGAUAUGAAUUCGUGGAUUUCAAGUUUUGAAUAUAAAAUGAAUGGGAAUUUUACUUGUUUGUUGGAAUUAAAUUUCGUUGAUUGACUCAACCACGAAAUCCACGAAAAUUAGUCCCACAUGAAUAUUAAUGAUUUCAUAGUAUCAUGAAUGUUUGCAUUGUUUCUACACUCAUCGAAGAGGGUUAAGCUGUUGUGCAGUUAGUAUCCAGGUUGAACCUACUGUUAUUGCUGCUGUUUGUUUAUCAUCAUUCUGUUACAUAAAACAUUUUAUAUUUUGUAUGUUAUCAUUGUUUUGACAAUCUUCUUAGAGCUAAGAAGGUUGUACCUACUGUUGAACCUAUAUUAAGCAACCAGUUAAGGGAGUAAAAAUUUCUGACUGCUAAGGACAGAUGGUUUCUCAAGACAAAUUUAUAUAUUAGAACAAAAUGUUAAUACCGGGAGUAAGCUAACUGGCUUAUAGGGAAAGUGGCCGCUUAAUACAGGUAGCUGAUUGUAUUUGUACUAACAGUAACCUGGUUACAUCUGCUGUGAUUGUGAUUAUAAAUGUAAAGUUAUGAUAUAUAAAAGGUGUGUAAACAUUGAUCUGAAUUUUCACAGUAUUUGUACUAUUGUUAAGGUGGUAUACAUGUAUCUUUGUCAUACUGAUCUGGUCAUCCGUUUUUGCAUAAUUAUAUCAACUGGAUUCUCAUUUUUACAUUUUUUUUGCAACUUUGCUAUAAAAUUGCGUGUUAAACAAAAUAAAAAGGUAUGACUCUG